CGUUUGUGUAGGAGCAUGGCGGACCAGACCGCCCGCCAGCUGCAGUAUGAAUAUAAAGCGAACUCCAAUCUUGUCUUGCAAGCAGAUGUUCGGCUUAUCGAACGUCGAAGCAAAGAUGAGGCAACGGGAGAGGUUAUGUCCCUCUCGGGGAAGCUGGAGGGAACACGAAUGGGUGAUCGCUAUCAGCGCACCAAGCCACAACAACCAAAGGAGGAGCAGCAGCGGAAAUCUAAGAAACAGAAGCGUGAGGAUACACCAACCAUUGCAGUAAAGAGCAUGAGUAUAUUAGAACUUGAUGACAUGGCAGACAUAUUCUAUCGCCCCAAGAGCACAGACACAAAACAAACAUAUGAAGUAAUUUUAUCAUUCAUUCAAGAAGCUCUGGGGGAUCAGCCUCGUGAUGUAUUGUGUGGUGCAGCAGAUGAAGUUCUUGCAGUGUUGAAGAACGACAAACUUAAGGAUCGUGAACGUAAGAAAGAAACAGAAGAAUUGUUGGGUUCACUAGCUGAAGAAAGGUUUGCUGUGUUGGUCAACUUAGGGAAAAAGAUUACUGAUUUUGGUCAUGAGACAAAGGCAGUGGCAAGUGAAUCAGUCCUUGAUGAAACACAUGGCGUUAAUGUUCAGUUUGAAGAUUCUGAAGAGGAAGAAGAAGAUGAAGUAGCUGGUGAAGUUGGUGAUGAAGAGGAAGAUGAAGUUGAUAAUGAAGAUGGAGUGGUUGGGUCACAUGCCAUUCAUGCUGAAAAUCUUACAGGUGGAGAGCAAGUUGGAACAAAAAAAGAGAGGGUGCUUAGUCCACAUGACAUUGGAGCUCAUUGGCUUCAAAGAGAACUCAAUAGAUUUUAUAAUGAUCCCAUACAGGCUCAGACUAAAUCCAGUGAUGUACUUGAGAUUUUGAAAUCUGCCAAGGAUGACCGAGAAUGUGAAAACAAACUUGUUCUUAAUCUUGGAUAUGAUAAAUUUGAGUUCAUCAAAAUUCUUAAUAAAAAUCGUCAAAUGGUUUUGUAUUGUACACUUCUGGCUUCAGCACAGUCAGACUCGGAAAAGGAAGAUAUAAGGCGAGUUAUGUUGGCUGAGCCAAACCUAAAGCGAAUACUGGCUCUUUUAGAAAAUGAAGAGGAGGCUAUGGAUGUGUCGAAAGAUGGAGAGGAAGUUGGAGGGUCACGUCCAAGGAGAAUAAACACAGAAGCUAUGGAAGCUGAUGAUAAGUCGGGUCAAGUUCCAGGACAUAGAGAAUUUAUAGAUCUAGAGAGCCUUGUAUUUACUACUGGAUCACAUUACAAUUCAAACAAGAAAUGUCAUCUUCCAGAAGGUUCAACAAGACAAAUGAAGAAAGGGUAUGAUGAAAUCCAUGUGCCUGCCCUAAAGCCAAAACCUUUUGCUCCAGAUGAAACUUUAGUGCCAAUUGCUAACCUUCCUGCCUAUGCCCAGCCAGCGUUUGAUGGCUUCAAGAAUCUUAAUCGCAUUCAAAGUAAAUUGAACAAAGCAGCCAUGGAGAGUGAUGAAAACUUACUUCUCUGUGCACCUACUGGUGCAGGUAAAACAAAUGUGGCUUUGUUAACCAUUCUCAGAGAAGUUGGUAAAAACACUAACCAAGAUGGUACCAUUAAUGGUGAGGCCUUCAAAAUUAUCUAUGUUGCUCCUAUGCGAUCUCUUGUAACAGAAAUGACACAGAACUUUUCUAAGAGGCUGGAACCAUAUGGACUUAAAGUUAAUGAACUAACUGGAGAUCAUCAGUUGACUCGGGAGCAGAUAAUGGAGACGCAGGUAAUAGUCUGUACUCCUGAAAAAUGGGAUGUCAUUACUAGACGUGGUGGAGAAAGAUCAUACACACAGCUUGUAAGACUUAUCAUAUUUGAUGAAAUCCACCUUCUCCAUGAUGAGCGUGGACCAGUUUUGGAGGCAUUAGUUGCAAGAACUUUACGUAAUUCUGAGACUACUGGGGAUGCUGUUAGGCUGGUAGGGUUAUCUGCUACUUUACCUAACUAUGAAGAUGUUGCAGCAUUUUUGAGAGUCAGUCUUAAAACAGGACUCUUCUUUUUUGAUAACAGCUUCCGCCCAGUCCCACUAGCUCAGCAGUAUAUUGGAAUUACUGAAAAGAAAGCAAUUAAGCGCUACCAAGUUAUGAAUGAUAUCUUGUAUGAGAAAGUGAUGGAGCAUGCAGGUAAAAAUCAGAUCUUAAUAUUCGUUCAUUCUCGGAAGGAGACUGCUAAGACGGCAAAAGCCAUCUUAGAUAUGUGUUUAGAAAAGGAUACCCUUGGAAAUUUCCUAAGAGAAGGCUCUGCUUCAACUGAAGUGUUACGAACAGAGGCAGACCAAGUGAAGAACAAUGAUCUCAAAGGACUACUUCCAUAUGGCUUUGCUAUUCACCAUGCUGGGAUGAAUAGGGUUGAUCGAAAUUUAGUUGAAGACUUGUUUGCUGAUCGUCACAUACAAGUUUUAGUGUCAACAGCUACACUAGCUUGGGGUGUAAAUCUCCCUGCCCACACAGUUGUGAUCAAAGGGACUCAAGUAUAUGAUGCAAGUAAAGGUCGUUGGGUGGAACUUGGGGCUCUAGAUGUUCUUCAGAUGUUGGGUCGUGCAGGCAGACCACAAUAUGAUACUAAGGGAGAGGGUAUUUUAAUUACAAACCAUUCUGAGCUUCAGUAUUAUCUCUCCCUUAUGAACCAGCAGUUACCGAUUGAGUCUCAGCUGAUUAACAAACUCCCUGACCUCUUAAAUGCUGAAAUUGUACUUGGUUCUGUUCAAAGUGUGAGGGAAGCUGUCAACUGGUUGGGAUAUACAUACCUGUAUGUACGCAUGAUAAGAGCUGGAAAUCUGUAUGCUGUUCAGACAGAGAGUUCUGAUAAACAUCUUCAGCAGCAUCGAGCAAAUCUUAUACAUUCUGCUGCCUUGAAACUGGAGAAAAGUAACUUGAUUAAAUAUGACAAGAAGUCUGGUAAUUUUCAGGUUACAGAAUUGGGUCGUAUUGCCAGUUAUUUCUAUGUUACCUGUGAAACCAUGAAUGUUUAUAAUCAACAGCUGAAGCCAACUCUAAGUGAAAUUGAACUUUUCCGGGUGUUCUCCCAAAGUUCUGAGUUUAAGAACAUCAUGGUAAGAGAAGAAGAAAAAUUAGAAUUGAAAAAGCUAAUGGAACGUGUUCCCAUUCCAAUCAAAGAGAGUGUAGAAGAACCUAGUGCCAAAGUUAAUAUUCUCCUUCAAGCUUACAUCUCACAGCUAAAACUAGACGGAUUUGCUCUAAUGUCAGAUAUGGUGUACGUGACUCAAAGUGCAGGGCGACUAAUGAGAGCAAUGUUUGAAAUUGUGCUGCACCGAGCAUGGGCACAGCUGGCAGACAAAACUCUAAACUUGUGCAAAAUGGUAGAUAAAAGGAUGUGGCAGUCAAUGUCUCCCUUACGGCAGUUUAGAAAAAUUCCUGAAGAAGCAAUUCGCAAACUUGAGAAGAAGAGUGUUCCUUGGGAGCGUCUUUAUGACCUGGAUCCUAAUGAGAUUGGGGAAUUAAUCCGUAUGCCCAAGGGUGGAAAGAUGAUACACAAAUAUAUCCACCAGUUGCCCAAACUUGACUUGGAAACCCACAUUCAGCCUAUUACACGCCAGAUGCUUAAAGUAGAACUAACCAUUACACCAGAUUUUAAGUGGGAUGAGAAGGUUCAUGGUCGCUCUGAAGCUUUUUGGAUUAUGGUUGAAGAUGUUGAUGCUGAAAAUAUUCUUCAUCAUGAAUACUUUCUGUUAAAACAGAAGUUUGCAGAGGAUGAGCAUGUAGUUAAAUUCUUUGUUCCUGUAUUUGAGCCUCUGCAUCCACAUUAUUUCAUCCGCAUUACCUCAGAUAAGUGGCUUUCAGCAGAGACCCAGUUACCAGUGUCAUUCCGUCAUCUCAUAUUACCAGAGAAGUAUCCUCCUCCCACUGAACUUUUGGACUUGCAACCAUUGCCCAUCACGGCUUUAAGAAACCCACAAUAUGAAACACUGUAUAAAAUGCUAAACAAGUAUCAGCAAUUUAAUCCCAUUCAAACUCAGGUCUUCAAUGCUACAUAUAAUUCAGAUGAUAGUGUGUUCAUUGCUGCACCAACUGGUUCAGGCAAAACACUAUGUGCAGAAUUUGCCAUUUUGCGUACCUUUAGUCAAGAUGAAUCGGCAAGGUGUGUUUAUGUGGCAUCUAAGGAUGAAAUAGUUGAGAGUAUGUAUGAGCACUGGCAAGAGAAGUUUAGUAACUUGGACAAGAGAGUUGUGCUUUUAACUGGUGAAACUGGAGCAGACUUGAAACUCUUGAAUAGGGCAAACAUUGUUGUAAGUACAGCUGAGAAAUGGGAUGUACUUUCACGUAGGUGGAAACAGAGAAAAAAUGUACAAAAUAUUAGUCUGUUCAUAGUUGAUGAACUGCAGUUAAUGGGUGGAUCUGAUGGCCCUACACUGGAGGUAGUAUGUUCUCGCAUACGCUACAUUGCGUCUAAGAUCAGCAGGCACAUUCGUAUUGUAGCUCUUAGUUCCUCUUUGGCAAAUGCCCGAGAUGUUGCUCAGUGGCUUGGAUGUUCCUCUAACUAUACAUUCAAUUUCCAUCCAAAUGUUCGACCCUUGCCACUAGAGCUACAUAUUCAAGGCUUUAACAAUCCACACAAUGCUUCUCGGAUAUAUGCCAUGGCCAAACCUGCUUACCUUGCCAUUUUAAAACACAGUCCACGUAAGCCAGCCAUGGUGUUUGUGCCGUCUCGUAAGCAGAGUAUGAUUACAGCUAGUGAUCUUCUCACUUUUGCCGCUGCAGACAAAGAACCACAAAGAUUCUUACAAGUAAAUCCAGAAGAGAUGGUAGAAUUCCUUCCUCAAAUUAGUGAUGAGAUGUUGAGAGAAUUGGUCAGCCAGGGUGUUGGUUACCUGCAUGAAGGUCUAAGCGCACGUGACCGAAGGAUGGUGGAGAGAUUGUUUGAAGCAGAGGCAAUUCAGGUUGUAGUUGUGAGUCGUGCACUCUGUUGGGCUGUAACAGCUCCUUCACACUUGGUUAUUAUCACAGAUACACAGAGCUACAAUGGUCGUCUUCACAACUAUGAAGACUACCCAAUUACAGACACCUUGCAAAUGGUUGGUCGUGCAAACCGACCAAAUGAGGAUGAUGAGGCAAAGUGUGUUCUUAUGUGCCAUUCUUCCAAGAAGGACUAUUUCAAGAAGUUUCUUUAUGAGCCACUACCCAUUGAAAGCCAUCUUGAUCAUGCACUACAUGAUCACUUUAAUGCUGAAAUUGUCACCCGUACAAUUGAAAAUAAACAAGAAGCAGUAGACUAUGUAACUUGGACCUUCCUCUACCGUCGUAUGACUCAGAAUCCAAACUACUAUGGUCUUCAAGGUGUUUCACAUCGCCACUUAUCUGAUCACCUUUCUGAUCUCGUGGAAAAUACCCUGCAUGACCUUGAAGAGUCAAGAUGCAUCACCAUUGAAGAUGACAUGGACACUGCUCCUCUAAACUUGGGUAUCAUUGCAUCAUAUUACUACAUCAACUAUACUACCAUAGAGUUGUUCAACAAAUCAUUGAACAGCAAGACAAAGAUUCGUGGAUUACUGGAGAUUAUUUCAAGUGCUGCAGAAUAUGAAAAUGUCCCCAUUCGUCAUGGAGAAGAAGACACAUUGAGACGUCUUGUACAAAAAGUGCCCAACAAACCCGAGGGAAAAGUAACAGAUCCCCACACAAAGACUAACCUUAUGUUGCAGGCCCAUCUAUCUCGACUCACUCUCAGUGCUGAAUUGCAGCAAGAUACUGAGCUCGUUCUUGGUCGUGCCUUAAGGUUGAUUCAAGCUUGUGUAGAUGUGUUAUCCUCCAAUGGAUGGUUAGCUCCUGCUUUGUCUGCUAUGACUCUCGCACAGAUGGUGACUCAGGCCAUGUGGUCUAAAGAUUCAUACUUGAAACAGUUGCCUCAUUUUACAAGCGAUAUGAUUGAGCGUUGUGAAGCCAAGGAUGUGACGUCUGUCUUCGACAUUUUAGAACUUGAGGAUGAUGAUCGCAAUCGUCUCCUUCAGUUGUCUGAUGCUCAGAUGACAGAUGUGGCUCGUUUCUGUAACCGCUAUCCUAGCAUUAAUUUAGAUUAUGAAGUCAUUGAUGCAGACUCUAUUACGAGUGGGUCGAUGGUCAAUGUUGAAGUGGUACUUGAACGUGAAGAUGAACCUGGACCAGUCAUUGCUCCUCUGUUCCCACACAAGCGAGAAGAAGGGUGGUGGGUUAUUAUUGGUGAUCCUAAACCAAACUCCCUAAUCUCCAUUAAGCGUCUCACCCUUCAACAAAAAGCAAAGGUCAAAUUGGAUUUUGUAGCUCCAAGUGAAGGAGCUUAUGAGUACAGGCUGUAUUUUAUGAGUGAUGCCUAUAUGGGCUGUGAUCAGGAGUACAAGGUGCCCCUAAGAGUUAGAGAAGCUGAAUCUGAGUCAGAGUCCGAGAGUGAUUAAUGAUUUUAUGCUCCAUUUUGUAAAUAUUUCUGUACCAGAACCAUGUUUAUAUUUAAGUGGAUUGGCUGUAUCUGCACCUACCUUUACAUUUGUUGAAAUAAGUUUUGUUAAAUAAGCUGUAAAUUUUCAGACUUAAGGAAAAGAUUAUUUUCUUCAAGUGAAUAAUGAAGUAACAAAAGGUGGAAGUGUACAACAGUGUAUUAUAUAGUUUCCUGUCUUACUAAAGUAGCCAAUUUAAUUUGUGUGAAUUUUUAUUGGAAAUGGAUAAUUAUUUAACCAGAUUGUUUCCUUGUACAGGUAUGCAGUACUGUAUUUACAAAGUUGGGUGUUUAUACUAUAAAUACAGUGGCUUGAAAUAUUACUGUACACUCAUUAUUAAUUCUUUUGAAUUUCUUGUGUCAUCUUAUUUUUGGUGAUGUUAAUGGUGGAAAAUGGUUAUUCGUGUAUUCAAGGACAUAAUUUUGUGAUAAAUCUUAUUCUUUGCAUAUUUACAUCAUUGUGUACCUGUGGAAAGUUGCUGGGGGAAAAAGAAGCAACUAAUCCUGUAUAUUGUAAUUUCGUCUUGAUAAAUGUUUUGUAGUAAAGGUUCAACAUUCUGCUUAUGUACACUUAUAUUUCAUAACAAGAUGUUACUAUAAUAA